AGUGGAGGCGUGGUAUUUUCUUUUUUACUAAAUAAUCUUUAACUAUACUGUAGAACAGCGGUAACAGACGGAGAUCGAUUCCAGACAAUCCCGAUAAAUGUCUUUUAUUACAGAUAUCUGCACUAAAAUCUAUAGAAAGCGGGUCAUCUUUCUCUAGUCCAAUGAUGAAUUCUAAACGUCUGCUUGACAUGUCCGCUGUUGGAAUACGUCUCGGGGGCUCUUCGAAACAAGCCGGUAUUGAUCAGCCUGCAGAGGGGUCCAAGGGACGCAAAAUUACUGUCGCCGCCACUGCGGACAGCGGUGUCAUUCUGGCGUGCAAGAAUGGUCCCGCAACGGGAGCAGUUUUCCACACAUUCGUGUUGGAUGAUGGAUCUUUAAGAGAAUGUACAAGACAGGACACCGUCCUCAAUGUGAAUGACCUGUCAUCAGGGAGAGAAAAAUACCACCUGAAUAAAGCAGGUUGUGGUGGGGAGGCAGAUGAAAGAAACAGUGGUCUGACUGGGAUCCUUACUAACGGCAGUCCCACACACUGCCUGAUCCGGAAAGGGCAGAAGGCGGACAAACACAUGCACUCGGAGGCGAGGGACCCGCUGGUGCCCAGCGGUUGCCAGGCAACAAAUGGACAGCAAGUUCCACCUGAGGAGAGAUACCCUCAUCCCUCCUCCCAAAUACCUGUCCCCCGACGCAGGAAACCUUCAGGUCUUGCUGAUAAGGAGGUGAUGGCUGCUACCGUCCUGACAUCACUGUCCACCUCUCCUCUGGUCCUCACCCAUACCCAGACAGCCUCAGCUGCAGUUCCGGAGCCAGCCAGCAGAGGGUGGAAGGAGGUGCUGUCAACUAGCUACAGCAGCUCUACCAGUGGCAACUGGAGCUGGGACACCAGCGACCAAUCGGUGCCCUCCACACCGUCCCCGCCUCUCUCCAACGACACCAGCAAGAGCUUCUUGCUCUCCUCCCAGAGUGAUAAUGUCAUCGACGACGUCAAAGAGAGCACGCACUUCUUGUUUGAGGACCCCAUACCCCGGAAGCGAAAGAACUCCGUGAAGGUGAUGCUCAAGUGCUUGUGGAAGAACUGUGAAAAGGUCCUCAGCACCUCUUCAGGUAUCCAGCGACACAUCCGCACCGUCCACCUGGGGCGGAACUGUGACUCGGACUACAGUGACGGGGAGGAGGACUUCUACUACUCAGAGAUCGAGGUCAACAUGGACAGCCUAUCAGAGGGCUUGUCCAGCCUCACGCCCACCUCCCCCACCACUACCGGCCCUCCCCCCAUCUUCCCCCCUUUCUCCCACACCGCCUUUGUUCCCCGCUCUGAGCCCGCCCACAUCGUCAUGAGGGGACCGCAGGGUCAUGCCCCCAGUCUGCUCAGCCAAUCAGCUCCCUCCACGCUCUGCCAUAUCCGUACUGACCACGCCUACCAGGCCACUGCUCCUGUGAGUAUUCCUGUGUGUUCGGAGCAGGCUGAUGGGAAUAGGGAUGGGAUCAGUGUGUCCUGGCAGUCCCCUCCUGUCAUUUUUAAAGGCUUAACGGGGCCGUUGACUCACAUCCGCACGGUGAGCUUCGGGGAGAAGAGACAGCCAGCCCCUCACACACACACCACCAUCUGCAAGACACCUCCCUUUACUGCCCCCCUGCCCAAACCAGCACCAGGAAUCAGGAAACCCCGCGGAGAGGCCAAAAAGUGCCGGAAAGUGUAUGGCAUGGAGAAGAGGGACAUGUGGUGCACAGCCUGCCGCUGGAAAAAAGCCUGUCAGCGAUUCACUGACUGAACCCCAGUACAUCACUGGGAUGGACUCUUCCUCUGCCAGCGCUUCAAUGAGGUGUCAUCUUCCACUGAGGAGAUGUGGGGGUUUCUCCGUGAUGAAGCCCCUCAGAGCACGCACUGCUUCCUCCUGACCAGCAGGGGGCUCUCUGCUCGCUUCUCCUAGUCCUCAGACAGCUGAAUUCACAAAACACAACAACUAACUGAUGAAAAAGGCAAAAAAGAAAAAUGAAUUUGGCUUUGGAAGUAUUGUUUUUCUUUCUAAUGAUGAGACUUUUUAGGUAAUCAAAAAAAAGAAAAUAUUAUUCAAAACCUUUUUGAUUUGUUUUGUAUUUUCUAAUUUUGUCUGCCUUCACUGUAGGGGAGUGGUUGAAGAUUUCAGAUAAGCUUUUUGCUAUUGUGUACGUAUAGUUUUUUACCGGUCCGAGUAUCAUGUAAGCUACUGUGUUUGGGUUCAUAAGAUCCUGAUACCGCUCCCUUGUCAGCCUCUUUCAAUGCAUCUCUGUUAAUGUUUUAUAUCUAAAAUCUCACUUCGGGGCUUUUAUUCCAAUGGAUCGUUUUCACAUUUCAACUGUCACUCUUUUGAAAAGGGCAGUAAGUCUACCAAAGGAAAAAACAAAUCAGAAUAUCGCUGAGAAUUUAGAUGCCUGUUGUUAAGAUGAUGUUCAUAUCUAAGUGUUAUGGAAUAACACAUCACAUGCUCCUAUAGGAAUUCAACUCAGAAACUCUAAUCACGUUGUUUGGGAAGUAAAUCAUCUGUAGCUACUCAUCAUAAGAUUCUUGCUUUUUUGCAUAGAUAUGAAACACACACUCUUCCAUCUGGUUGCACCAAAUGUUACGUUUUGAAUGUACAGUUUAUAAAGAUAUCUAUUUCCCUUUCUUCCUUUACUCUGAUAUGCAUCUUUCAGAAACAACACAUCUUUCAACAGAUCACUGUAAACUUUGUAACUAAAGUGUUUCCUCUCAUUUCUUACAUGUGUUUUCAGCGAUCAGUUGCCAAGGCAACUAGUAGUUGCAAAGUGUAAUCGCCAGGGUUUGGAAAGUCUCGUCUUGCUUUGAUUAAUCAGCUCUAUUGUUGAUAACCGUUAUCGUCGACAACAUUAAGCUCUGCUGUAACGCUGCUGAGCUACUCAGUGUUCAUUUUCUGGGUAUCAUCAUGGACAUAGAAUACUCAUUCUCUGUGGGUACUGUACCAUAGUCAGUCCUACUCAACCCUCACUCCCAGUUAUACAGCUCUUAACUGGUAUCUGAUGGCGUUGAAAUCAAGAUGUUUGUCUCCAAGGGAUUGUUUGCUUCUCAUGAAUUGUACCUGGAUUCCUGAUCAGACAUGAGAGCAGAUAUAGAUGUAUAUUUUUAAACAGAUGUAUUUUUCUACUCUAGCUACUGUUUCGAUUGUUGCCAGCUCUUUGAAUGUAGUCUCUGCAGGCUCUCUCUUUCUGCUCCCAACACUGACUACUAGCCAUUACACAAGUUACAACAGCACACACACACACACACACACACACACACACAGGACUCUAAAUGAACUGGUGCUCCCAAUUUUUUAAAGUUAGGAGCACCACAUAAAAUGUAUGAGCACCAGAUUAUAUUGUUUAAUUGAUUGAGAUGCAGCCUAUAUUAAUUAAUAAUCUCCUUUUGAAGCACAUGCUGUGCCCCAGAAAUGAACACUGUUUAGGUAGUUUAUAAUAAAAGCUCAAAUGUUGAUACAAA